GUUCCUGCUGCUGCAGCUCAUUGUCAUAUAUCCUUCAAGCACUUGUUGUUUGUGGUUUUGAAGUCCACAGUGACAUUGGCUUCAUCACCGGUUAGUUCUUCACUGUUCCAUGAGUGAGUGUGAGUAUCAGCGCUUGGUUAUUGUAAUUGCUGCAGUGUUUUUGUCUUCUGUAGCAGAGCAUGGAUAAUCCCUGCUGCCCCACUUUUACCUGAGAUUUUCAUCUACAUGGGAUGUGAUGCUUCUCAUGUCUUGCUGUGGCUGGAGUCCGUGCGGGAGUUCAUUGACCUCAGGGGACACAACCAAUGCUCAGUUUGUUCGCCGUUGUGUUGGUCUUGUGGUUUUCCAAAAUUUGACAGUCGCAAGCGAUUGCAUGGUCUUCGUCCAGCGCUUGGGUGUUAGUGAGAGGAUUCAGAAGAUUCGACCAGCCCCUGAAUAUUGCCUGGACAUGUGAUUUUUCACUUUUUUAAAGUUCGGGUGAGCGCCACAAAUGAAACACAUGGCGAUGAGAAAAUUUCCGGUGUCAGAGAGAGUGAGGGUAUCAAACUCGGAGGUUGCAAGCCCGAGGUCCUGCACGAAGGAGGCUGGCAUUGUGGUCAUUACGGCUGUUUGCGUAUUGACUGCAAUUUUUACUACAUUUGUGGUGGCAACCUCCCCCAUCGAUCCAAUUCCGCUAGUGCUGCCACGGCACACCAUCCCUUGGGUCAGGGAGAACCGGAAGUUGGAGUGCGUGGAGAAGCUCGGGGAAGGAUUAGUGUUAGGGCCAGAAGACGUGGUAGUGGCAAGGGACGGUAGUUUGGUGGUGGCCACUCGAGAUGGUUGGGUGAAGAAAGUGUGGCCACGGAAUGGCACCGUGGAGAACUGGAAACGUGUGGGUGGAUAUCCCUGUGGGUUGGCGCUCGGUGUUCAUGGGGAGAUUCUAGUUGCCGAUCCUCUCCAGGGACUGCUAAAUGUCACCGACGAUGAUGAAGUCCGCUGUAUCACAAGCACGGCCGAGGGGACUCCAAUAACGUUCCCAGACAGUGUGACGGUAUCGGGAAAAGGGCAAAUUUACUUCACGGACGCAUCCACGAAGCAUUUGCUACACUUCUGGCACCUCGAUGUCUUGGAGUCGCGCCCUCACGGCCGAGUGCUCAACUUUGAUCCCACCACGGGCCGCACUACAGUAUUGAUGAAGGGACUAGCAUUCGCGAAUGGCAUCGCGCUUUCUCCAACUGAGGAUUUCCUUGUGGUGUGCGAGAGCUGGAAGUACCGAUGUGUUCGUUACUGGCUGGAAGGGGAGUUCAAGGGCACGUUGGAGACCUUCAUCGACAAUCUGCCAGGAUUACCAGACAACAUCCAUCUCCACGCGCCUUCACAGACUUUCUGGCUCGGCCUUGUGGGGGGCCGGUCAUGGCUUACUGACCUAACUCUCAAGUCUGCAUUGCUGAAGCACUUUUUCGCCAAGUUUUGGCAUCACGUCACUCCGUUCAACUUCGAAAGAGGAGAGCUGAUUGCCAUCAAUCUCCAUGGACAAGUCAUAGUAAGCUAUCAAGACCCGCGGGGUGCUCGAUUCUCUUUCGCCACAGGAGCGGUGAUUCAGGACAACUAUUUGUACAUCGGAUCCUUGACCGAACCCUUUCUGGGCCGCCUGAAUUUAGAUCUACAAGAGUGCACUUGACCGCCACAAUAUUCACACUGGCCUCUGUAUUGAUGCUCAUUCGCAAAGCCAGGCGCCUGUUAUGAUACAAUCAACAAAAUUCUUGUUCAUUGGAUGUGUUGCCCAAGUUUGAUAUGGAAGCUCUCGAUUCCUUACUUUCAUAAAAUGUGUGAUAAUUCAGAGAGGUGAACUAGUGGAAGAAUCUUAACAUCCAGCUGCAAUGCCAACUUCUAUCUCAACAAGUGCGAAAAUUUCCUCCAUCGUGCCGUUUUUUUUUAAUCAUAUUAUUCUAGGGGUUACAAAUUCUUCAGGGAACUGACUGGAUGUUUCGUUAGAUCUACCAGCUCAACUCUCGUGGGCGUGCAGCCGUUAUGAUUUAUUCUUCGCCUUGGUUUGCAUGAAACGGAAGUGUCCUUGGAGGGAAAAGUGUACCAGGAUCCCGUGUUCACAGUUAGCUUAACUUUCAGGUCAUCGUAGCUUUGCAAGCAAGCGAUGGGUUAAAUUUGAAACUUCGUGUCGAUGUCACCAACUUUCAACUGGUGAACCAAUGCGAACCUUUUGGACAUGGCCCUGUUGGAGGGUCUCAAUUUUCUCGGUCCAGAUUCACUUUC